GUGACUAUACUAGUUAUGAAAACAACCUGUGACUAUCCAAUGGAGGGCAGUACAUUUCAUUUUCAGCAAAGUCACAAGAAAAAGAAGAAGAGAAAGACGUCAUCAACAGGGAAACAUGGCAAAUGACAAGGGUCCUCUGGGCCAGCUCAAGGACCUGGUGGAGCUGAAGGACCAGUUGGAAGACAUCCAGAGAAGGAUGGAGGAUGAGAUACAGGCUGGGGUUCCUCCAGGAGGCAGUCUGCUGGCUUCUCCUUUUCUCAAGGGUUUUCUGGCUGGGUACAUUGUUGCAAGGCUACGUUCUUCAGCAUUACUGGGUGUUGCCGUGGGGACGUGUACAGGAAUCUAUGCAGCACAAAAUUAUGCCGUUCCCAACAUUGAAAACACAGUCAAAGACUACAUACGCAACCUGAAAGGAGGACGCAAAUGAGAAGAAAGGCA